AUGGCUACUCUCUCCCGUGCAGCUCGAAUCCGACCACAAACCCGAACACCCACUAACAAACCCAGUGUCUCCACAACCAACAAAUUAGUCCUCGCAGCAAACACCCUCAAUAUCCCAAUUUAUAUAACCACCCAGUCCCGCAAGAAACUCGGAGAAACCGUCUCUGAACUUUCUACCCACCUCCAAGGCCCAAACAUCAAAGCCGAUGUCGACAAGACGCUCUUCUCAAUGAUAACCCCCGAAUUGAGUGCAAAGCUGCCCUCGGAUCCCACUGUUAUGGAUGCUGUCAUCGUGGGCAUUGAGACGCAUAUCUGUGUUACGCAGACGACGCUUGAGCUGCUGGGGCGUGGGUAUCGGGUUUACGUUGUUGUGGAUGGGGUUAGUAGUGUUAAUCCUGGGGAGAGGAAGAUCGCGCUUGACAGGUUGAGGGAUGCGGGAGCUAUUGUUACCAGUAGUGAGAGUCUGUUGUUUGAGAUGAUUGGGGAUGCGAAUCAUGAGGCGUUUAAGGCUAUCAGUGGGUUGGUGAAGGAUAGCUCGGAGGAGACGAAGGAGGCUUUGGAGGUUUUUGCUAAGAUUUAG